CAUAAGUGUACUAUUAGUAAUCAGGUUAUACCCAUGUCAGGGUAUGGAGCAUUAUGGGCAUUAUGGGUAAUGUAGUCUCUGUUCCCUACAGGACAGUGGAGUGUCUGGCUGUAAAGCAUUAUGGGUAAUGUAGUCUUUGUUCCCUACAGGACAGUGGAGUGUCUGGGUAUAGAGCAUUGUGGGUAAUGUAGUCUCUGUUCCAUGCAGGACGGUGGAGUGUCUGGGUAUAGAGCAUUAUGGGUAAUGUAGUCUCUGUUCCCUACAGGACGGUGGAUUGUCUGGGGAUCCUGACGGGUGCUCAGCUCUUCUCUCUGAACAAGGAGGAACUGAAGGCAGUGUGUGGAGAUGAGGGAGCCAGGGUCUACAGCCAGACCACCGUGCAGAAAGCCCAGCUAGAGAAGAGCAGUGGGGAUUCAGAGCUCCAAGAGAUCAUGAGACGACGACAAGAGAAGAUCGAUGCCGGCAAGGACUGAUCUGGACAUGCUCACUGACUUUCAACCAAUCACAGGCCAGCCUGGCUGACUGUCAACCAAUCACAGCCUAGCAUGGCUGGUUACCAUAACAACCCUCUCCAGUACUAACCAACCAAAAGCCUUCCCCUCCCAAAGCGCCUACCCUUUCACGAACCAACUGUUUUUUCUUUUGUCAGACAAUUGACAUUUAAUAUUGGUAUGUACUAUAAAUGUUGUUAUAUACAUUUUUAUUUUAUUUUAUUGUAUAUUUAUUUUUUAUUGUUUUGUGAAUGUGAAUGUUUACUUCAAUGAUGUUCUCUGGUAAUUAUGACUGCUUCUCUGUCUGACACUAACCACGUUUCCAUCCAAACAUUUCAUGCGGAUGAAUUACCUGACACAUGAAAGAAGUUACGACUGGGCUUAUGGAAACAUUAAAUACUGGUACAUUUGUAGAAAUGCCGACAGACAAUAUGUUCGUUCGACAUGGCGGGAUCUUUUUUGUGUCGGUAAAAUUAAUUAUGCAAGAAAUGGUGGUGGAAAUGCCUUUAUACUUAAAUAUUGAUAUAAUAACCAUCAUAUUGACGUCAACUUGGAGUCAGGCGAUGAUAUGUUGUGUAGUCCUCCCCACGACGACUCGGGAAACCACGCAGUUUAUUAGGCUACAGAUGAAAUAAAUGAUGAUGAACUUCA